AUGGAUAAAGAUAUAGCAGAGUUUUUGGAGAAAUCCAAGUUAUAUGGCUUCAAAACAACACAACAUGACCAUAUCCAAUGGCUAGAGGGUGUGUAUGGAGUGUGGAGACCCGUGAUUGUGGCAGCAGGGCUGGCUGUAGAGGACAUACUAAGGACAUUGGUAGACAUUUGUCAGGAUAUACAUCUACUCACACAGUGUAUGGGGAUUGAUGUAGACUGGUGUAGGAAGCAGGACCUAGCAUUUCAUAGUCAGUUCACAUCUGAGGUCUCUUCCCCCUCAUCUGAGGAUAGACAUAGUUCAGAGAAGACCUUGGGAAACAAAAGAUGCAUUUUACUUGGACGAUUGACAACAGCCUCAUUAGAUCACCCAGGACAGCUAGUCUUAGUAGACUCCGCAUCAUCUCUCCCAGUAGAGUUGAGGCACAGUGACUACAAUGAGAUGUUGGGAUUGUUAGAUCAAUGGGCUGUGUUUCCUUCCUGGAACCUCAUCAUCAAAAGCAGAGGUCAGUGCUACCUGGAGUUGUGUGUGAAGCCUGUAAGGAUAAGACCCACCUCCAAUCAACCAGUCUUGUCCAAACCACUUCCAGUUGUGUCUGCUGAAGUUGCUUCCGUCUUGCUUCUCCACAAGGACACUUUGAAGCCAGGGUGUAUUAACAUGGUGGCAACUGUUGAAGCUGUUGGGGAGAUCCACAGAGUAAAAACAGACCUAUUAUUCUGUAUUCGACUCCCUCAUGGUGUUAACAUCAUUGUCAAGAAACCUGAAUUUCUACACUGGCAGAAGUUUCUCACACCUGGAGAAAAGAUAGUGUUGACUGGUUUGAGACCUACUACACUGAAGAAGGGUGCAGGGUCUAGUAUCAAGGUCUUUGUUCCAUGGACAGAUAGCCUACUGCUCAGUCCUGCCACACUGGACUUUACCUGUAUUUCAGCUCAGGAAUGGUUGGAAAGACAAGGUGGGGAUCCAAGUAAAUUAGAGGUGAUCACAUGUGAGGGGAAGGAAGAGGAGAUGGAAGAAGAGACUGAAGAGGAUCCCACUUUAGAUAUGGCAUCGUAUCAGGGAAUCCUUACUUCAAAUGAGCUAGGGGCUGUUGGAAUAUACAUGCUUGAUUCCAAAGUUGGGCUUUGUGUAAGCUGUGUACCUGCUAUCAACAAGUAUCAGUCCCUCAGGGUGGGGUCAAAGGUCAUCAUAUACAAUGCUCACUUCAUCCGCUCAAAACAGUUUCCACACUUGAGAGUUGUGUGUUGUACAAGCAGUUGUGUCAAAGUGACUGAGUUUUCUGCCUUGAACAACAAACCAAAGAUGGUGCACCUGCCUUUGAUGUUACAUCAGACCCUGAAGAAGUGUUGUGUAACACAAGAAAUGCUGGAUACAUUCAUCAACUUGACCUUCUCACUCCACAACAAACUCUGCUCAAAGUUUUAUCAUGACCUACCUGAUAUAGUUGAGACUGUAUUUGGUAGAUGUUCCACAGACCAGGACAAGGCAGGACGAGUGUAUAUUCAGGAGUUCCUAUCUAGGACACACCAAUGUGGCUUGCUACGGGAACAGGGUGGUAGUGAGGGGUACCCUGUGGUACCAGAUAUGAAGACAUUUAUACAGGAGAUAAGAUGUUUAGAGACACAGACAGACAAUCUAACUGACAAUGAUACAUACUGGGGCUUUCAUCACCAACAUCAGGGACAGCCACAAAAGAUUUUAAUUGGAAUCCUGGAACUUUCAUCAAAGAAUGGGCGAGUUCAGCUGAGAGAUGAUACAGGAUUUGUUGACUGUGUCAUCACCAUGACAACAUCAAGUGAAGAUCAUUUUUGUACAAAAAUCUGUAAAUGCUGUGAUUUAGAAUCUGGUUCAUAUUUUCGGUGUCCAUUUAUACAGACAUGCUGUGUAGGUGCUGUUGUAGCAGUGACAAAGUUCACUGUGAUUCGUGAACAAUUUAUCAAUAUAAAUGCCUCAUUAAAAAAUUUUAAAAUGACAGAUGAUUCUGACACCAGUAGUAGUAACACAUGUUACGUCAUGUUUUCUAUGUUAAAUGUUGUAUUGAUAUAUAGGCGUACAGUAAGUAUAGCUCCUAAGGAGCAGGUUCCACUUAAGAAGGGCAAGAUAGGCCAAGACCAUACUGGACUGCUAACAGAUGUUAAUAAGGGCAGACAACUGGUGCUGAUUAACCACCGUGAAACUUUGGUACUGGAACGAAGAGUUCACUGUGAUUCACAUUUCAGGAUGGCAGUUCAAGGUUACCUCCUCCAAAACACUGAUGAGGAAUCUUUGGACUGGGAAACACUGCCAAAUCUUCAGGAACAAUCUUCUCACCAGUGUAGUAGACAAUUUGAACACUGCAAUUGUGCUGAACAUCAAUAUGGUCUGAAGCUAGAAUUGGAAAACUCUCUCUCUCCAGUUGUGAUACUUUUGUUCGAAAAUAAUGCUAUACGAUGGUGUCAAACUAUUGUACCCGGAGGAGUUUAUAGCAUUUUGUUGCCCACUGGGAAGCUCUGCCCCCCAGGGGCUACUUCAUGGCAGCUGAAAAAGGCUGUUGCUAAGGCUGGAGGCAGAAGUGUCCAUAAGGUGCCGGGGAGCACUCGACUGUCUAGAGUGUUCCCAAACAGGAUUCCUCCUUCUGCUGGUCGUAACUCCUCAAGGAACCUGUCUAUCAAAGCAAUCCUAACAGAAAAAUGUGAGGCAACACUUGUCAGUAUUGAGGGACUGGUAGUACGACGAUUUCCAGUAGACACAAAUAGCCAUCCUACAUCUACUAAGGGACAUAUGUCUUCAGAUCUUCACUCAAAUCAGCAGCUAGGUGUGGGUUCCCCUGAUGGUUGUGGGAUGAAGAUCGUUGUCAGGUGUUGGAGGUCAGGGGAUGAAGUGGAUGUCUACUUAAACCUGGAUAGUUUUAUAUACCCCCUAGGGCUUCUCCCUGGGGUGGGGGUACGGUUAGAACGACUAGAGAGGAAGGUGUCAAGAAAGAACAAUGUCUACUGUCAGUUUAUAGCCAUUUCCUGUCUACACAUAAAGUACCACACAGAGCUGGCAAGGGCGAUUCCUUCUCACAACCAAUGCCUAGAAGUAACAACUGUUCAACUAGUGUAUUUAGCUGACCUGUGGAGAAGUAAGGUCCACGGCUCACCAUUUCCAGUCUGUUGUCAUGUGCAAAGGUUCCUUAAAGUGUCCCUGAAGUGGGUGUGUCAGCACUGUGGAGCAGUCUGUGUGGGCGGGGCCUGUAGUAACACAGCCUGUCAGACAGAUUAUGGUGCAAGGUUUCUAGCCAGAGCAAGUGUUAUCGUUGAGGAUGGGACAAGUGUUGCCAUAGUGACAAUGAGGGAUGCUGCAGUACAGAAGUUGUUACUACUGUCAGAUAGAGAAUGGUCUAGUCUACAGAGUGUGAUACACACACAAGGAGAGAUGUUUCUCCAAAAGGCUCGCCCUGAAUAUGGUAAUCAGGUGGAGAUGUUUGUCUAUCACCUUUGCGAAAGCUCGCUGGUCAAGAAGGACUGGGAGAUGUGGCUAAGGAUGCGGACAGGGGUGUCCACUGAUUGGUCAGUUUGCAGGAGUCUGGAUGACAUGACAUUAGAUGAGUUUAGUUUAAAGAAUGUGGAUACUGGUGUUGCAUCCAUGGAGACAAGAUGUCUGCCCUUCCUACAGCUAGACUGUGUUGAUGUCAAGGAUAUUGACAACAGGAAGUGGACAUUACUGUUUCUUAAGUAA